UCGCAUCCCACCACCGUUUCUGGCGAUUCUCACUCGCUCCUUUCUCCCCUCCUGUGUAUUUAUUUUAAGUUGAUUAUUCAUCCACCCCCUUGGUGAUCCGAAUCGAAGGUUUUAGUAUAAUCAUUUAAUGGGUGCGCCUAAACAAAAGUGGACUCCUGAAGAAGAAGCUGCUCUUAAAGCUGGUGUCCUUAGGCAUGGGCAGGGAAAAUGGCGCACAAUUCUUAAGGAUCCAGAAUUUAGUGGAGUUUUGCAUCUGCGUUCAAAUGUAGAUCUCAAGGACAAGUGGAGAAACAUGAGUGUCAUGGCAAAUGGGUUCGGAUCUAGAGAGAAGGCUAGGUUAGCUCUUAAAAAGAUGCAUCAAACCUCCAAACAGGAUGAAAGCCCAAGUACACUUGCUAAGGUUUCACCUCAAAGUGAUGAAGAUACUAUUAAGGUCAAGCCAGUAGCAACUUCUAGUGGUUCUCCGCUGGUUGGUGGUUCAAGAAAAUCUAUCAUUAGAUUGGACAAUCUUAUCAUGGAUGCCAUAAGCAACUUGAGAGAGCCUGGUGGUUCUAACAAGGCAUCUAUCUCUUCUUACAUAGAGGAUCAAUACUGGGCUCCUCCAGAUUUUAAAAGGCUAUUGUCUGCCAAACUGAAGUAUUUGACUGCAACAGGAAAACUUAUCAAGAUGAAACGGAAAUAUACAAUAGCAACAACUUUAACACUUUCUAAAAGAAGAAACUAUCCCGCUUUACUAUUGGAGGGAAGGCAGAACCUGUCACCCAAACUGGAGACGGACCCACAUUUGUCAAAGGCGAGGAGUAGUAUGACUCGUAUAGAGGUGGCAGAAGCUGCCGCUAAAGCCGUAGCCGAAGCAGAAGCUGCCAUAGCUGAAGCUGCAGAGGCUGCAAGGGUUGCAGAAGUAGCAGAAACUGAAGCUGAAGCCGCCCAAGCCUUUGCAGAAGCAGCGAUGAAGACUCUUCAGUGGAGGCACUCUCCCAGGAUGUCAUCCAACUAAAGACAAGGACUGAAGAAGAAACUGGCCGCAGCUGUAAGAUGAAUCAUCAGAGACCAGAGGAUUACUAUUCUGGCGAGGACCUAGGACCUCCAUUCGACCGUUCCAUUAGAAGCAGAGUCAGAGGCCCUCCUUCAUCACCAUAUUCGUCGACACCAGAAGCAGGAUGCCCCUCCGUUCCGUCUUUGACGAGAGAGAUGACUUGAAUAUGAAAGUGCCGGCAACACCUUCGUUUCUGCGUGAAUUGAACUACUAUCGUGGUCAAAGAUGAUUGUGAAGAGGAAGAUGAACACUUCUUUCAUGUCUUCUCCAUAGAUGAAGAGUAAAGUUGAUGAUGAGGAUGAAUGAGUCCAUUCAGAUGCAGAUCAAUCAUUUCUCUUUCUUUUUUUGUUUUUUUUUUUUAGUUUUUUACGAAAGUUGUAGGUAACCUGGAUCAAUGGCGGAAGACCACAUAUAAAUUUGAGAUUUAUGUUAGAAUUACGUGUAUUCGGGAUUAAUAUUAGAUAACAUGAAACAGUGAGAUUAUUCAUGUAAAUUUUUCCCUUAAGUUUUACCCUUCUUUUUACUCUUCCAAACAUGUGCAGAUGAUUCGUGCUUGAUGGAUUUGCUUAAGGACAGUCAUGAUCUGUGAGCGCACUCACUCUUCUGGAUGUGAUAUCCUCCGUUGUAAAUAGGACAGACAUGUUUCAGCUAAACCCAUUUUUAAGCCACUAAACUUGGCUUGUUUCCCCACUUCAAGUCCAUCCAAAUAUCUGUGUUUGGAUUGAAAUGCAAAACAAAUAGAGGGGCUUUGGUAUACUUGUGGGGCUUUAGCCCUCUAGUAUAUCAAUUAGGCUUUAGUUUACCUAUGAUGUGCUGUUUAUAACUGGUUAAAAGUUGGGGGGUUCAAUAGCCUAACAAACCAAGUUGUGAGUUUAAAAAUGGGGUUUGCCAAUAUUUAUUAUGUAGAGCCAGAUGGACUGGUGGAGAACCUGAAGCACUUCAAGAACUAGUCGAGUACAGGACGUGUCUGUAUUGAAAUUGGGAAAAAAUGUCCAUAUACUUUUGACAUAGGAGUAAAAGGCAAAUGCAAAUAUGAGCAAGUAAAAAAUCAUACUGACACAACGAGCAACUUCACAUUUACUUGGCUUCAUCACAGUUUUUACAAUACGAACACUAG